AUGUUUCUGGUCGGGGAAGAGCGGCCGGACGCGCACGACCACCGCCCCCGCCCUCCGCCCUCCACCCUGGAUGGUGGCAUCAGCGUUGUGGACGGGACACACCCAGGAAGGCCCGCGGAACCGCUGGCAGAGCUGUGUGGAGAGGAUGCUUCCUCUGCCGUGUCCUCCUCUCCCAGCUCACCGCUGUCCUCCCGGGGAAGGACCAUCAAGUGGUUCUGGGACUCGGCCGAGGAGGGCUACAGGACCUACCACAUGGACGAGUAUGAUGAGGAGAAGAACCCUGGGGGCAUCAUUAACUUGGGUACCAGUGAGAACAAACUCUGCUUUGACCUGCUGUCCAGACGGCUGACUCAGAGCGACAUGCUGCAGGUGGAGCCAUCCCUGCUGCAGUACCCCGACUGGCGGGGGCAUCUCUUCCUCCGGGAGGAAGUGGCCAGGUUCCUGUCUUUCUACUGCAAGAGCCCAAAGCCUCUUAAAGCGGAGAACGUGGUGGUUCUGAAUGGCUGUGCGUCUCUCUUCUCUGCCCUGGCCACGGUGCUGUGUGAAGUGGGGGACGCCUUCCUCAUCCCGGCCCCUUACUACGGGGCCAUCACGCAGCAUGUCUCUCUCUACGGCCAAGUCCGGCUGGUCUGUGUCUACCUGGACAGCCAGGGCACCGGGCCAGACACUCGUCCCUUCCAGCUCACGGUGGAGAAACUGGAGAGGGCCCUGCUCGGAGCCCAAGCCGAGGGUGUGAGGGUCAGAGGCCUCAUCCUCAUCCACCCCCAGAACCCCCUGGGUGAUGUCUACACCCCGGAAGAACUGUGUGAGUUCCUGGAAUUUGCUAAGAGGCACGCGCUGCACGUGAUGGUGGACGAGGUCUACAUGCUGUCCGUGUUCCAGCAGGCACGGGCCUACCGCAGUGUCCUGAGCCUGGAAAGGCUGCCUGACCCCCAGAGAACACACGUGAUGUGGGCGACCAGCAAGGACUUUGGGAUGUCGGGGCUCCGCUUCGGCACGCUGUACACGGAGAACCAGGACGUGGCCACGGCUGUGGCUUCCCUCUGCCGCUACCAUGGCCUCAGCGGCCUGCUGCAGUACCAGAUGGCCCAGCUGCUCCGUGACCACGACUGGAUCAACCGUGUUUACCUGCCGGAGAACCAUGCCCGCCUGCAGGCUGCUCAUGGCUUUGUCUCCGCUGAGCUGGAGGCCCUGGGGGUGCCCUUCCUGAGCCGGGGGGCCGGCUUCUUCAUCUGGGUGGACCUGAGAAAGUACCUGUCCACGGGUACCUUUGAGGAGGAAGCGCGGCUCUGGCGUUGCUUCUUGGACCACAAGGUGCUACUGAGCCCCGGCAAGGCCUUCGAGUGCGUGGAGCCAGGCUGGUUCCGCGUGGUCUUCUCGGACCAGGCCCACCGGCUCCGCCUGGGCAUGCAGCGGUUCCGAUGCGUGCUGGAGGGCAGCCUGGGUGCAUCAGGCCCUGGAGCAGGCCGGUCAGCGCCAGCCACAGCCGCCUGCCCAGGGCCUCUCGGGGCCGAGAAGACCAAUCCUGGACAAGCCACAUGCCAGGACGAUGCCCCCCCAUAG